AUGGCCGUAAGUUAUGCUGAUUCGAUGGGAAGAUACAACUUGAUCUUGGUAGAACGCCAAAAAGCCGCGACCCGCAACGAAGGCUCAUUUGUGGCGCAUCUGCUCCAAUCCCUGGACAGAAAUGAGGCUGACCAAGCGUGUCAGUUGAUUGACAACGUCUUCAAAACGGCGCUACAGAACCACUCUAACCAAAUUGCUGAUAGUCCACGA